GCGCGAGCGCGAACCUUGCGUAGGAUCGCCGCAAUCAUGCCGAACGCUCCCCGCACCGUGAAGGAUGUCCCCGCCCAAGAGUUCGUCGUGGCUCUCGCGCAGUACUUCCGCUCGACCGGGAAGAUGGAGGUCCCGACCUGGGUCGACAUCGUGAAGACGGCGUCGUACAAGGAGCUCGCUCCGUACGACCCGGACUGGUUUUACAUUCGCGCGGCGUCCAUGGCUCGCAAGCUGUACGUGAGCGGGAACAUGGGUGUGGGUGCGUUCCGCAAGAACUACAGCGGCGCCAAGAACGACGGCGUGUGCCGCCACCACUACGCGAUCGGCUCCGGUUCCGUCGCGCGCUCGAUCCUCAAGCAGCUCGAGGCGGUUGGCGUGGUUGAGAAGGGACCCAAGGGGCGUCGCAUCACGCCGUCUGGGCAGCGUGAUCUCGACCGCAUCGCCGGCCGCGUCGCGGUUCCCGCCGUGUAAGAAGCGCGAUGGACGGACGAGACGAGAGGGUGAUUCAUAAUAACCGUGGCGAGAGAUAACGAGGGGGUUCGGUGUAACGAGGUACCGAACGCGGCCGAGCACAUAGCGAGUGUAAUCAAACGGUCGCGUAUGCGUU